GACGUAGAUAAAUAUAUUAAUGGAAAGCUACGACUCAUCAUAAGCAUUAGUUAUUUUUUUGUGUGUUAAGCAAGAUCGUCAUGGAGUUUGAUUUCAUUUUAGAAUAGCAUGAUCAAAUGCUAAAUAUUUCUGAGAGAGGUGGGUGACUUGAUAGACACGCCAGAUCAUCAUGAACGGUAGAAAAUUGUGUUUCUGUAAACCUUAUUGUGAGGUUUAAAAAGUCUUACAGAUCAAAAAUCUCCCGAAUUAAAAAGAUGCUUGGUAUGGAGGAAAGAUCAUCCUUUAUGCUGAAAUGGAUAGCUUUUAGUGUUUGAAAUCUGUUUGUUCACUAGUUGCAUUUCGCUGGCGCCUAAUUAUAGAGAAUAAACUGAAUUAGUACCUGAACACAUACGCCGAAGGUUACCAAAAAGCAUUUGUGUCGUUCUUGAUUCAUCUAGGUAAGAGCGAAAUGGCUAUGUUCAAGGCAAGAUCAAAUGCAAUAUUUCAGACUCUCUUAGCAUUAGUCUUUGUUUCUUUACUAAAAUUAGAAUACAUUUUUGAUCCAUAAAUUAUUAUUUGUAGAAUCCACAAGCACUGAUUCGUAUCGUCAUUUAUCUUUUAAUAUUUUAUAUUUUCAAUUCCUAAAGUUCACUUCCUAGUUAUGAAAUAAUGCUAUAAUAAAAUCAUACAUGUGUUUCUAUAUCCGUAUCUUUUUCCCAAUUCAUCUUGAUUGUUUUCUGAAACACAUUUGUGAGAAGUGAUGUCUUACCGGAAAAAAACUGUAUCUGCAAAGGAACUUAAUCCAUUACAGAAAUUAUACAAGUUGAACAAUGCAAAUGCCGAUGGUGUGCCUUUUCAAACACAUAAUGCAUUGGCUCUUUUAAAGCAAAUGAAGCAAUACCAGAGAACAAUUUUUGAUCAAUUCAACAAGCAGACAACUGUGCAAGGAUUUUAUCCAUUUCACGCUGUUGGUAAUGCCAUAAGUGAAAAUGCCACACUUUAUACCUUGCCCCUCCCACAAUACUUUAUCGACCCCGAUACUUCACCCAACGAUUUUGAACCUCGUAAAUUUUACCAUAGUAGCUCUAUUACUAAUUUAGGUAAAAAAGGCAAAUCUGUUGUCCACUUACCGCGUUGUGGCCUUACUGGAUUAUUUUUUAACAGAGAGGAGGUGAUUGAUAAUUUGCAAGCCGCAGCAUCUGACUUGAGCUUCAGCUCACCUUUUUGGAUUCGUAGAGAUCAUCCAGGACUCCGUUCUGGAUUUUUAUCUGUGAAAGACGGUAGCGAUGCGAUUUGCAUUAGUUUAACCUCAGAGAUUACCACUGUGGAAAAUGUGAAGCCGUUUGGAGUAAACUUGUUGCAUUCAAGCCUUCGGAACGACACUGAGUUUUCGAAGCCCUCCAUUUCCAUUCCAGAAGGGAUGAAUGCUAUAACAGGCUUUGUAUCCACAAAUCCUUAUCUACAGUCGUUGCCUCGGCGAGGCCUUUGGUUAUCACGUGAACAGCUCUUGCAACACGGGAUCAUACUUAAGUCAGCAAAGGAUGCUAUUUCUGAUGACAAGGCUUUCACGCUCGUUGAAAUUGAGCAAUGGGAAUUGUAUAAUGCGGAUCAGCUCACAGUACCUGGAAGGUUGGGGCUAAGACAAUCCGUCCCUCAUGAUGAAACUGUGAGAAGUCUAUUCCAGAAGUUUUAAGGGCAUUUCCCUUCCCCUCUUUCCCCAUUAUUAUCUGCAUUCUGACUAUUAGCUGAGUUGUGGGGCCAAAACAUAUUGCGGACUUUUCACCAUCAAUGCUUUACAAAGAUAGAGUUGUGUAAAUCAGAAUAUAUCUAUAUAUAUUAUAAUCACAAAUUUAAUUUCUAACUGUAGAUUGCUUUAGUCUUCCCGUUUCUUGAUAAGCU